AUAUCCGUAUACCUCAUAAAUACUUUUUAUACUUACACCUAACUCAAGAAACGUACUAUGCUGCAAACAAACUUGAUCUAAGAAGUGCUGUUUACCUCAUGGAAUUUAUUACAUUCCCACUAAUAGCCAACGAUCGAAAAGAUCUUACUAUCCUACAAGACUGGGUUACGAAAGAUGCUUAA